CCGAAACCUUCCCUAAGCGUGGAAGCUAUAAAGGAGCUUCCCGAACCACCACAGAUUAUACACACUAACAAAUCUUUGAACUUCAGUGUGAACCCAAAUCAUCAACCAAGACUUUCCUCAUCAUGGCCCAAACACAUCUCAAAGUCGUCCUUGGUGCGAUGACCUUCGGUCCGGAAGGUACUCGAAGCGGCCAAGUGACGAGCCUCUCCGAUCAAGCAAUCAUGCUGGACGCUUUCCAGUCUGGUGGCUAUAGCGAGAUCGACACCGCACGGCUGUACAACAACGGCCACUCCGAGUCAAUGCUCGCGCAGAAUGACUGGCAGAAGCGCGGCCUAGCUAUCGCGACCAAGCUUUAUCCGACGAGAGGGGCUGCCAAUGCGGACUUCCGCAGAGCAGCUUUGGACUUUCCCUUGUACGAUCACUCUGCCGCAGAAUUGAGACGUGGACUAGAAGAAAGCUUGAAGGCUCUGGCGGCGGAGAAGACGGGCGUCGAUGUGUUCUACCUCCAUGCGCCAGACAGGAACACGCCUUAUGAGGAGACUCUCAAGGAGAUGAAUAAGUUGCAUGAAGAGGGACGGUUUGGGAGGUUUGGCUUAUCAAACUAUCCGGCUUGGGAAGUUGCGCAAAUAUCCGAGAUUUGUAUCCGCAACAACUGGGUCAGGCCGACAGUCUACCAGGGUGUCUACAACGUCUUCAGCCGUAAGAUUGAAGACGAGCUCGUCCCAUGUCUCCGCCACUACAAGAUUUCCUUCUACGCCUAUGCCCCACUCGCCGGCGGACUCAUGACUGGAAAAUACUCCCGCGACCAGACCAACUUUGAGCCCGGAAGUCGGUUUGCCCCGGGAACUAUGACGAGCCGGACCCAUCGCCCAAGGUACUGGAACGAUCUCUAUUUCGACGGGAUUGAUGAGGUGAAAGCUGCGGCUGACAAGCAUGGCUUAACGCUUGCGGAAGUGGCCCUGAGGUGGUUGAACUGGCACUCAAAGUUGGAGAAAGAGAUAGGUGAUGCAGUGGUAGUGGGUGCGAGCAGUAUGAAGCAUUUGGAGCAAAACUUGCGGGACCUGGGAAAGGCACAGCUGCCGGAGGAGGUCUUGGAGGCGGUGAACAGCGCGUAUUCGAAGGUGCAGGCUGUUGCACCAGCUUAUUACCAGUGAUGGGGAUCUUAGUUGUCUUGGCUGUCUAGCAAAGCUAAAAGAUGAGAUCUUGAGCUAUAUGAACAGCCUUGGAUUGGAGGAGGGAAGGCGCCU